AUGUCAAACGAAACUAUAAACUUUCCUCCUGAUCCCGAUCUCUCAGACUGCACAGAUUACCCCGGAUUGCACACAUUUGAUCAACACUACAAGACCAUUCAUGCCUACCUUUCCUUGAGUAUUUGCCUACUUGGAAUUUUUACCAAUGCCCUCAACGCGGUUGUACUCACAUAUAGUCGGAUGCGAAGCCCUACUAACCUUCUUCUCACUUCCAUUGCUAUAGCAGACUCGAUUACGAUGCUUGGUUAUGGUGGCAGAGAUAUCUACCUACAUUUUGUCACUAGUCCCGAUCCUAAAACCGCACCUCAUGGUCAAGCAGGAAUUUACUUUCUCCUUUUCACUAACUUCACCACAAUUGCUGCUCACAUUGCUUCCACUAUUAUGACUGUGAUGCUGGCCAUCUUCCGCAGCUGGGUUCUCUAUCGUCCACAGUGCCAAGUUCUCUACAAGCACAUUAAGGUGACGAUCAUCAUUGCGAGUAUGCUCAGUGCUGCUAUGUUUAUACUAUGUAUUUCAACGGAACGUGUAGGAAAAAUUGACUCAUCCACACUUCAAUCAGAUGGUACAGAAGAUUACUUUUGGUUUGGAGUGGGAGAGGGUCUUGACAACCUCGAACGUGCCAAUUUUAUCAUCUAUGGUUGUUUCAGUAAACUCGCCUCAAGCAUUUUAAUCACCUUCUUCACUGCGCUAAUCCUCAUCGCUAUGGAGAAGGCUAGAAUACGGUAUAUGAAACUGAAACACAGGCCACAGAGUGCAAGAAAAGACAGGAAGAAUGAUAAGUUAGAUGACGACGCAUAUGAAAAUAACGAUCAGCAAUACGUGGCACAGAAGAAACGCGAAUCAAGGGGUAAUCAUCGAACUACGGUGAUGCUAGUAGCAGUCGUAGUGAGCUUUGUGAUUACAGAAGCCCCCCAAGGUGUAUUAAUCACAAUGACUGCCAUAGCAGAUGAAUGCUUCACCUAUAAAGUCUAUGCGCCAAUUGGUGAUCUAAUAGACAUUCUUGUUCUACUGAAUGCCUCCACUAAUUUCAUUCUUUACUGCGCCAUGUCUGCACAGUUCAGAAAAAGUUUUCAAGAAUUAAUUAUGGAAGACCUGAUCUAUAGAAUAUGCAGACGAGGAAAGAAGGGCGGUGACGACAACUUGAGAGAAAUUCGCAAAGUUGAACAACCGGUGGAAACGAUUCUGGUCAAUAACAUCUAA